UCGCUGAUCCAACGGAUCGGAAGCGGAAGGUAUGGCGAAGUGUUUGCGGCCAUCAAUGUGACCACCGAUAAGAAGUACGCCAUCAAAGUCCUCAAACCCGUGCGCAUCGAGAAAGUGAUCCGUGAGAUCAAAGUGCUCAACCAUCUCAAGGGCGGCCCCAAUGUCAUCGCACUCAAGGACACCAUCGUUAACAGUGGUGUACCGGCGCUCGUCUUCCCCUUCGUGUCCGACCAGACGCUCAAGACUGUGGCCACGAGUUUGUCUCAACAGGAGAUCCGUCUCUAUCUCUACAAACUGUUGAGAGCCAUCGACUUCACCCAUAAGCACAAUGUCAUCCAUCGCGACAUAAAGCCCUCGAAUGUGAUGAUUGAUAGAUACCGAGGAGUGCUGCGACUCAUCGACUGGGGUUUGGCUGACUUCUACGUCACCGAUAAGAUAUAUCCGGUGACCGUCGCCUCCAGGUCUUCACAACCAGCC